UCAAAGAGAAGUCUGCAUCCGCCAUUGUUACUGCGCAGAGAGAGCGUGCGCCUUGUCCCUGGGUCGUGGUUGUCGGUCAUGGAGGCAAUGGUCGCGUCGGUGGUUGUUAAGGAGGCCAUCCGGAGUGUUGCGGCGGCCGCAGGCAGCCCGAUGGCCAGGCUGUGGAGGAACUGCAAACCCGACCUCGAGGAGAUGCGGAGCACCCUUGUCCUGCUGGAGGCCGGCUUGAGAGACGCCGAGGGCCGGUCCGGGAACAAGGAGGCGGUGCUUCUGUGGCUGCAGCAGCUCAAGGCCGUCGCUCGCGACAUCUCCGGCGCUCUCGAAUAGUCGUCGCCGCCGUCGUGGAAGGUUUUUGCAAAACUUAAUUUGGUUAAGAAGAUAGAAAAGCUAAAGGAGAAACUGAAGGCGGUGGAAGAGAAAUGCCAUAUAUUUGGUUUCACCUUCCAUAACAGCUCAACUAUUGAGGAUACAUAUGCCAAAAGGGAAACAAUAGCAUGUAUUGAUGAUGAAUUUACAAGUGUUGGUCGAUCAAGAGAGAAAGAGGAGAUAGUAAGGACUCUAUUGCAGUCCGAAAGUAAAACGGCCAUUCUUCCCGUCCUUGGUCUUGGUGGAAUGGGUAAGACCACUUUGGCAAAACUGGUCUUCAGUGAUAGCAGAAUGCAAGAUUUUGAGAGGAUGGCAUGGGUACAUGUUUCCCAAAAGUUUAAUCUGCUAAGAAUAGUAAAAGCUGUUAUAUCUCAAUUUGAAGGGACUGCUGAUGGCUUUGAUGAUCUGCAGUCUCUGUACAAUCAGCUAGAGAAAAUUUCUAGUGGCAAGAAGUGCUUAAUUGUGCUGGAUGACUUGUGGGAGAGUGACAUUGAACUGUUGCGCAAACUGAAAUUAAUGGUGAACUGUGGAAAAGAGAGGAGCAUGGUUAGGAUAAUUGUAACAACUCGUAUUGAAGCAAUUGCACAGGAAUUGUCUACAGUUAGUCCUUAUAAAUUGAGGCCUUUAUCGGAUGAUGACUGCUGGACUGUGUUCAAACAAAUUGCUUUUCAGUGGACGAAUGAAGAAGAUCUGGAUGUGCUAGAAGCUAUUGGAAGAGACAUUGCUAUGAAGUGCAAAGGUUUACCCUUGGCAGCUCAUGCUGUUGGAUCCAUGCUUCGUAAUAAAAAUGUUGACUUCUGGAAAGCUGCCAGAGAUAGUAACACUUGGGAUCAAUGUUCAUCUCACAUUGAUGUCUUGCCGUCGUUGAGGUUGAGUUAUGAACAUAUGCCAUCUUAUUUGAAACCAUGCUUUGCCUACUGUGCCAUCUUCCAAAAAGGUUCCACCAUAGAUAAGGACAAACUAAUUCAACAGUGGAUGGCUCCUGACUUCGUUAAACCAUCCCUACCAACCUUGUCUCCCAAAGCACAAGCAGAGGAAUAUCUAAGAGAGCUCUUGGCAACAUCUCUUCUUCAAAACUCGGUAUCUUCCAUGGUUACUCAUGAGCACGCCAAAGAUUCACAUGAACUGAGCAUGCAUGAUUUGGUGCAUGACUUGGCACAAUCAGUUGCUGGUGAUGAAGCAUUUUAUCUGCAUGCUAUAAGCCAAAGUAGUUCACCCAGUGACAACUGUCAUCAUUUAGUUGUGGUUAGCUAUGAUAAAAGGCUUUGCAAGUCAUUGUCUGUUAAGGUUAGGUCACUACAUUUCAGGGAUUGUGGUGGAAAACAACUUCCUGGCGAUACAUUCUCAUUGACAAAAAACUUACGCAUCUUGGAUUUAACUGGAUGUGUUGUGAGGAAGUUGACGGAUCCAACUCGUCAAUUAGCUCAUUUGAGGUACCUUGAUGCUUCACUAUUAUGUGAUAAAGAUUUUCCUAUGUGGAUUACAAGCCUCUUGAAAUUACAUUAUUUGAGCAUACAUGGCUCUACCAAAAUAUCAGAGCUGCCGAAGUCAACCGGGAACCUUAAAGAUUUGGCACAUCUGGAUUUAUCAUGUUGUGGAAACCUUGUGCACUUGCCGGAGUUUUUUUUUUCAACCUUACAAGUCUCUUGCUAUUGAACCUGGCAGAUUGUUCCAGCCUUUCUGCAUUGCCCAAUUCCAUCUGUGACCUUUUGAAUCUAGAGAACUUAAACCUCUUAGGUUGUAAACUGGAAGAACUACCUAAAUUUCUGGGAAAUCUUAAGAAGCUAAGGCUGCUGAACCUAUCUAGGUGUUCUAGGCUUCAUGAUUUACCUGAUUCCCUCUAUAACCUUGUCUCCUUAGAAAAGCUAGACCUAUCUUAUUGUUCUAGUUUGCAAGAACUACCAAAUUUCUUUGGUAACCUUCAAGAACUAAGCCUUUUGGAUUUAUCACACUGUUCCAAUCUUUCUAGAUUGCCUGAUUCAUUUGGUAAUCUGAACAAAUUGCAACAUUUAAACUUAGAAGCUUUCAUGCAUUACAUGCCCUUGCACCACAGUGAGCUACGCUACUACUUUGACAUGUUAUUUUGAGUCCUAUGUAACCUACUCAACCUGCAAUACCUAAACUUCUCAGUGUGCCCUGUUUCUGUUCUUCCUGAAUCUCUUGCCAACCUCAAAAUGCUUCACACAUUGAAUAUCUCAUGUUGCAUUUCCCUAAGAAAAUUGCCACAAAAAAUUCUUGAAUUGCCAAACCUUAAAUCUUUAGUUGUGAAGAAUUGUUUCCCACCUAUCGAAGAUCAAAUCAAGCGAUCCUCACUGGCCAAUGGUUUGAUGUCAUUGCCAAAGUUUUUUGUGUAUAACAUGUCUGGUGGUGUGUCCAGCAAUAUUGUGCAGCUUGAGGGUGUAGAUGCUAAAGAGCUUGAGAUAAAAUUUCUUGAAGAUGUGGUGAGUUUGGAAGAAGCUAAGAAAGUCAACCUGGCAUGUAAAUCAAGGCUUUCCAUGUUGUUCCUCUCUUGGACUGGCAAUGUCGUCGACCAUCUUGUGGAUGAUGAGUCUUUGCUUGGGGAGCUCCUACCCCCAACCACCUUGGAACAGUUUAUUCUCCAAGGUUACAUGGGCAUCACUUUCCCAAGUUGGAUAUGCUCUGCUACAUAUCUUGCAAACCUUUCCAGAAUAGAGCUGCAUAAUUUGCAGGGAUGCACCCAGCUACCAUCACUUGGUCGGUUACCUAAUUUGCAAGAGUUGUCUCUGCGUGCAUUGCCAAACAUCAAGAAACUGGAUAAGAAUUUCUGUGGUGGUAAUCAUGCAUUCACAAAGUUGACAAAAUUUGUUAUGCAGGACAUGGAUAAUCUGGAAGUCUGGUAUACGAGAGUAUCAAUAGAGGGCGAUGAUAAAAGGGAAGAAGUCAUGUUCCCUAACCUUCACAAGUUGCUGAUACAUGGAUGCAACAAGUUGAUGGUGAAACCAUGCCCGCCUAUAGCUGCGGAGUGAGUCAUAGAGGUUAAUGAUAUUAUAGUAUCAUCAUGGGAGGUUAAAAGACAUGCAGAAAUUCUGUCCAAUUCGAUGACUUGUUUGGAAAUAUCAGAUUGCCAUGUCAAGCCUAAUGGUUGGAGGCUGCUCUAUCAUCUUCCCACCCUUCGCAAGUUAAAGCUCCGCAUGUGCAAUGAGUUAAGUAGCUUACCAGGAAGCAUUGAAGUCCUUGCCUCCCUUCGGUCGCUACUUGUGUUUGCAUGCCACAAUUUGGUGGAACUGCCGAAAUGGUUUGGCAAUCUCACCGCACUCAAGAAUUGGAAAUCAACUACUGUCCUAAGCUCAAGUCCUUGCAGGAGAGCAUGCAGCACCUUACAUCACUCCGAUUGCUGCACUUGGGUCACUGCGACAACAUCUCAUCACUGCCGGAGUGGUUCGGCAAUCUCAUCUCUCUCCAAAGACUUGAGAUCUCGGGAUGCCAACUAGUCAAGUCUUUACCACGAUGCAUGCAACAUCAUAGCGCUCUGAGGGAGCUACAGAUCAGGCAUAACCCUGAACUGAAACAGUGGUGUGAGUAUUUCCUGGACGAGAAAGAAAUAGUGUGAAUCAGAUGAAGAAAAGCAAUCCUUGCUUAAUAAUCUGAAGAAGGUAAUGUGCUUCUCAAGUUUCCUGCCCAAAUUAUUCCCUUGUUUACCUAUAUAUACAUGUUUCUUACAGUUGCAUAUCGGCUCUGUCUGUACCUACUAUAUGUUUCUUAUAUGCUUAAGCU